UAAGGGAGAAGAGGGAGGAGGAGGAGGACGUCAACGCAUAGGGGAGAAGAGGGAGGGUUCAAGGGCUGGGGGAGUGGCAGUUACAGCUAGUAUAUAAGCAUGCACUAUGCGACAGCCAUCGUAUUCCCACUUACACGAGCAUCUGCCAUGAAGGGAGUGAGCGUCGCUAUCCUGUGCUGCGUCCUGGCGGCGGCCUCGGCGAACGAGAGCCAAGGAUCCAACAGGUUCUUCAACGGAGGCUUCGGUAGCGGCAUUGGUAGCGGUUUCGGAGGUGGCUUCGGCGGUGGCUUCCCCGGCGUCGGGGGAUUCCAAGGAGGCGGCUUCCCUGGAGGUUUCGGUGGUACCGGAGGUUUCGGUGGUACCGGAGGCUUCGGUGGUACCGGAGGCUUCCCGGGAGCCGGAAUCUCCCAAGGAUCCAGCCAGUGCAGGUACUGGUGCAGGAACCCGGAGAACCAAGUGUACUGCUGUGAGUCCGACGUGGAGCCCGAAGGCCCCGUCGGCACCAAGCCUCUCGACUGCCCCGUCGUGCGCCCCACAUGCCCGUUCAACGUGCGCGGCCUGCGCCCCAUCACCUGCUCCAACGACUACAGGUGUGGCGGAGCUGACAAGUGCUGCUUUGACAGGUGCCUGCAGGAGCACGUGUGCAAGCCCCCCUCCUUCUUCGGCUGAAAACUGCUCUCGGCCGGAGGUACCGCCUUGGGUAACGGAGAGGCGGACGGGAUGAAGUUGAAGCUGUCGCCAACACAUAUUUAUUCCUUGAUACAUCACCAAAUCUGUAACUUACGACAUUCUACGCUUUGCUCGAUUCGCGUCACUGUUUCAACGUUUGAAGGAAAAAUGGAAAAUAAGAAUAUAUAACAUUUACAAGAUUGGGACUAUGCACAAAAAUGGAAUACAUUUCGUGACAAAACAAAGUAUAUAUGAAGUAUAAAAACCGAUUGAAAAUAUCACUGUAA